AGAAAGAAGAAUCAACCGAGAAGAAAGACAGAGCUUUGCAGCUUUCGGCGCUCUUCUUUUUUCUUUUGUUUUUGUUUUCAGAUUUGGCCAAACACUUCGUAACCCAUUUCGCUUCCUCGUAACACUGUUCAUACAUUUAUAUACAAAUCCCACAGCAUUCAUUGCUUUCAAGUUUUAGCCAAUUUUCUGCGCUGUUUUGAAUAAAAUUUUAGUUUAAAUACACACCCAAAGUCACCAUUUAUUGUCCACGUUUAACACAAAAGUACUUAUACAAAAAGCGAUUGCGAUUCAGCUCAAUCUGUUGCUGCGGCUUCGCUGCGAAACUCCACAGCCUAUAAACGAAAGGUCGUUUCUUUUUCAUCGGGGAUUUGAAGUUACAUUCAACACAUCGUGCAGAAGACUCGUGCACCGUCUAUGCUGUCUAUUUUGAUCGAAAAUAUGGGAUUACUCUGCAGCAGAAACAAGCAUUACAACGAAGAGGACAAUGAAGAGAACGCUCAGACUGCAGAAAUUGAAAGGCGAAUUGAACAAGAAACAAAGGCCGAAAAGCAUAUUCAGAAACUUCUCCUACUUGGUGCUGGGGAGUCAGGGAAGUCCACAAUUUUUAAGCAGAUAAAGCUUUUGUUUCAAACUGGAUUUGAAGAGUCAGAGCUCAAGAGCUACAUCUCAGUCAUCCACGCCAACGUAUAUCAGACCAUAAAAGUACUGUAUGAUGGGUCAAAGGAGCUUGCACAGAAUGACAGAGAAACGUUUGAAAUAUCCAUUGAAAAUAAGGAAAUUGGAGAGAAACUAUCAACAAUUGGCAGCAGAUUGGAUUAUCCACGUCUCACUAAAGAGCUUGCACAGGAUAUAGAGACUCUUUGGAAAGAUGCAGCAAUUCAGGAAACAUGUGCUCGUGGUAAUGAACUCCAAGUUCCUGACUGUGCCCACUAUUUCAUGGAAAAUCUUCAAAGAUUAGCUGACCCAGAUUACGUUCCAACCAAGGAGGAUGUUCUUCAUGCAAGAGUUCGUACAACUGGUGUCGUAGAGAUCCAGUUCAGCCCUGUUGGAGAAAAUAAGAGAAGUGGGGAAGUAUAUAGACUCUUUGACGUUGGGGGCCAGAGAAAUGAGAGAAGGAAAUGGAUCCAUCUAUUUGAAGGCGUUACAGCCAUAAUAUUUUGUGCUGCUCUUAGCGAGUAUGAUCAAACACUCUUUGAGGAUGAAAGCAAGAAUCGAAUGAUGGAGACAAGGGAACUUUUUGAGUGGGUUUUGAAGCAACCGUGUUUUGAGAAAACGUCGUUCAUGCUGUUUUUAAACAAGUUUGAUAUAUUCGAGAAGAAAGUUCUAAAUGCGCCACUUAACGUCUGCGAGUGGUUCAAAGAUUACCAGCCGGUUUCAACAGGAAAGCAAGAGAUGGAACAUGCAUAUGAGUAUGUGAAGAAGAAAUUUGAGGAAUUGUACUUCCAGAGCACGGCCCCCGAUCGCGUAGACCGGGUGUUUAAGAUCUACAAAACCACCGCCCUUGAUCAGAAGCUCGUGAAGAAGACUUUCAAGCUCGUGGACGAGACGUUGAGACGGAGAAAUCUCUUCGAGGCCGGUUUAUUGUGACCGGGGAGGGGACACACCAGAUUUCACGGCCAAACCACAAGAUUGUAUUUUGAAGGACAUCACAUCUUUGAGCACAAGCAUCAGAUUCCUUGAUUUUUAGCUUUUAUAUGUCAAUUAAAAUCCUGUUCCACUUAACGAGUGUCAAAAACAGUUGUUAUAAUAUAUAAAAAUAAUUGUUGCAAAUGAUUUAUAGCUGAGUUGUUUAAGAGAAUGCUAGAGGUCCCGUUUAUUCCCUC